CCCUCCCCCCGCUGCUGCUAGGCCCGAUCCACUGCUCUCCCCACCGGUGGUGAGUCACCACGCUGCGUGGCAAACCCUAGUUAACCGGCGCGGCGUCCGGCGACCGUACACUCGGCGGAGGCCGCAGAGCGGCAGCGGCAGGCGGCGGUGCCGCCGAGGGCAGUCGGCUCGGCUCCCGCGGCAAAGCGGGAACGGGAGAGAGAGCAGGGCGGCACACGCGCGCGCUGAGGCUGCGCGCGGUGGGCGCGGCGUCCGGCGAUGCCCGGGCAAGAGCUAUAGGAAGGCGAAGUCGUGGGCUACAGCCCCAGUCCCCAGUGCUAAGGCAUGACCCUUCCCCUCCAUCUCGGACAAGCUCAUGGACCAGGCAGCGGCGAGGAUGAUAAGUUAGGAUUUGGGGUUGGGGCGGGGGCAGUUUCCUGGGUUUGGAGGGAGGUCUGGGCAGUACUGGCACAACCAGAGUCACUGAGUCAGGAGAGGGCAGUGGGAGGGCUCAGCAGCAGGGACGAAGGGGAACGAGAAGUUCCGAGGUGGAUGACAGCACUAGCCGCCGGGUAUGGGGAAGGAGGUGGCGUAGGGGCAGCGGAUGCAAGGAAGAUGGAUCGGUGCAGUGGGAUAUGGAGGAAGGCAAAGUGGAGGGGAGGGGGUGGGGUGCAUCGUCUGUAGAGGUGGCAGCAGUUGGGGAUGGAUUUGCUGUCGGCGACCUGACGCCUCUAAGGUAGAGGGUAUGCAGUGGUGGAGAUUGGUUAGCAGGGGUGGCGUUGAGUGAUGGCUGGGGGAUGGUGUUUACAUUAUUGGAGGAGAAGAUAUGGGCCUUUGGAUCUCAAUCAAACAGUCAAAAAGCGUACCAUUUAGUGUAAAAAAAAAACUUACCAAUUAUAUAUAGUCAGCCCCAUAAUUUUAGGCACAUAUAUUGGUCAUAUAUUCAAGAUGCUGAUACCAAUUAUUUGCAUUUCCCCAUGUCAUAUUUAGUAAUUACAAGUUACGUUUAUGGUCUAUCAAUAACAGUUGUAUCAGCAAAAUUACAUGUUUAUGAUCUGUUGUCAAUUUUGUUUCGUGUACUGUAUUCCAAGAUGCUUACACUCUCGAGGGUGUUCAAUUUCUGUCUCGAUAUAGGUUUCUGAUUACCCAAGUGUAGAUGUGAUGGACACCCAUCACAGCGAUCAAUAUGCAAAGAGCAGCCUGCAGCUGCAAUUCAGGGACACCUCUGUUUCCUUUGAAAACAACAAUUCUGUUUUGGAUAAGCAUGAUAUUACAAGCCCUCAAGUUGGCAUGACUUUUGAGACAGCCGAUUUGGCAUAUCGGUUCUACUUAGAAUAUGGCUACCGUGCAGGGUUCGGGGUCUCAAAGAGGACUUCCCAUAGUGUUGAUGGGGUGAAAUACCGUGCAACAUUUGUUUGUUACAAAGGCGGCAUUGCUAGGAUCAAGCCUGGUCUCAAAGCUCGAAGGAGGCUUGUUGCAAAGACUGGUUGCAAAGCAAUGAUGGUAGUCAAGUAUAACACAACUGAAAACCAGUGGGAGGUAGUUUUUGUUGAGCUGGAGCAUAACCAUCCAUGUAAUCCUGAAAUGGUUAGAUUCAUGAUGUGCUUUAAAGAUCUCCCUGACUGGCAGAGGGAGCACCGCCCAUUCAAUGCCAAGACUAGAUUGAAUCCAAAGAUUCACUCUGGCAGAGGCAGGCCACCCAACCAAAACAAAGACUUCAUGGUGAAAAAAACCUUCUCACAAUCAAAUUAUUCCAUUGAAGCAGCAGGCAAGGCUGGAAAGCUGAGAUUUGCAGAGGGUGAUGUUGAGGCACUCUUGGUCUUCUUUGAUAAGAUGCAAGCUCAAAAUUCAAACUUUUUCUACAACUGGGACAUGGAUGAUGAAGGUCGGCUCAAGAAUGUUUGCUGGGUCGAUGCUAGAUCGAGAGCUGCAUACCAGCACUUCUGUGAUGUUGUUUGCUUUGAUACUGUUUAUUUGACAUACCAAUUUGUCAUUCCAUUGGUUGCUUUUCUUGGAAUCAACCAUCAUGGGCAAUUUGUGUUGUUGGGAUGCGGUUUACUUGGGGACGAAUCUCCAGAGACUUUUUCUUGGUUAUUCAAGAAAUGGCUAAAAUGUAUGAAUGAUAAAUCACCUGAAGCAAUUAUUACCACCCACUCAAGACCAGUGGUCAAAGCUGUUGCUGAGGUAUUUCCAAAUACUCGUCACAGAUACAAUCUUUGGCAUAUCAUGAAAGAGCUUCCUGAAAUGUCUGGAAGAGUUGAGGAUAAGGAGGCAAUUAGCCUAAGAAUGAAAAAGGUAGUCUUCGACACUAUUACAUCAACUGAUUUUGAGAGGGAAUGGGUUGAGAUGGUCAAUCAGUAUAACCUUCAUGAUAAUCAUUGGCUUACAACCUUAUUUGAAGAGAGGGCAAAAUGGGUACCAGCAUAUGUCAAGGAUACUUUCUGGGCUGGUAUAUCCACUGUUCGCCGCAGUGAGCGGUUGGAGGCCUUUUUUGAUGGAUACAUUACACCAGAGACCACAAUUAAGACAUUUAUUGAACAAUUUGAUACUGCUAUGAAGCUUAGGUCUGACCGAGAAGCGUAUGAUGAUUUUCGCUCAUUUCAGCAAAGGCCUCAAGUCUUGUCUGGUCUACUCUUUGAGGAGCAAUUUGCAAAUGUUUAUACAAUAAAUAUGUUUCAGAAGUUCCAAGAUCACUUGAAGCAGCUGAUGAACGUGACUUGCACUGAAGUCAGUAGGAAUGGAUCAAUAGUGACUUACACUGUGACCGUCAUUGGUAAGGAGAGGAAGUAUGACUACAAAGUGAUGUAUAACAGUGCUGAGAAAGAGGUGUGGUGUAUCUGCAGGUCCUUCCAGUUUAAAGGUAUUUUGUGUAGCCAUGCUCUUGCUGUCUUGAGACAGGAACUUGUGAUGCUGAUACCUUAUAAAUAUAUUCUCGAUCGCUGGAGGAAGGACUACAAAUGCCCCGAGGAAUCCAAGGAAACUCCCAUCUCACCAAAAGCGAUCAAAGCUACAGGGAAGGGCACAAAACCGGAAAAUGCCCGUGAAGAUAAAGUGGACAAUCUGUACAAGCAUGGUCACCAGUACUUUGCUGACAUUGUGGAAAUGGGAGCAACGGACCCUGAUGCAAUGGAGUAUGUUUUGUCGGUCAUGAAAGAAGCCAAAGAGAAGGUACGGAAGUUCGAGGAAUCUCGAAAAGAUAGAAGGCCUGGAGACAGUCCAGUUUCUACUGGUAAGAGAAAUGGCAAGUCUUCAAGACCAUCCAAUGAGGAUGGGGGCAAUGGCAUAUCAGAUUCAACACCUGCGACUACAACAGUGGCGACAGUCGCGGUGGCCACAUCUACAACAAUGCAGGCAACGCCUACAAUGGUGGCUAUAGCGCCUACUUCGGCAACUGUGCCCGCCGGAAUGUUUUUGGUACCAAUGCACCCACAUCCGAUGGUUUUCCCACCUUUCACCCCUGCAGUACCACCAGUGGUAGCACCUGCAGUGCCACCUCCAGCACCAGCAGCCAAUGUGGGUGAUGUGGCUUCCAACUCCACAAGGAAGAGAAAGAAAAGAAAGGGGAACAAAUGAUGUUCCUAAUACUGAUUAUGCCUAACUCAAAUUUAGUCCUACAAGCUGCACCAGGCCCUCCUGUCCAUGUGUAAUAAUGGUUUAUCAUCGUCUCCUGCUGCAGGAUGAUCUGCCCCUCUGAAUGCUUUCUGUGAAUUAUCCCCCUUGACUUGGAACUGUCCGUGCAGCUUUGGACUGUCUACUGUAAAUUGAUAUGGAAAGUAAUGUAUUAUGUAUGUAGUGCAGCUUAGGAAUGUUAGUCUCUGUUUCUGCUCAUGUGGAUUGCGACCUGGAGCAGCGCAGUACCAAGACUACCAGUAGCGUAGCAGUACCCCUUGCUGGUUGGUAGAGUACCAUUUUCUUUCCUUUCUGGAGUUUGUCACUUUAUGUAAUGAUGUAAUCACACUGAACUUUAUUGCCAACCACUAAUGCUUAGUUUCAUCUUAUGCCGUUGGCUGUUGCACUGA